UUUGGAAGUAAACUUAACAAAAACAAAAAUAGGGGUGCGUUUUUGGGCUGGGAUUUACAGAAAUAAAGAAGAGCCCAACAAGAAGGUGUUCGAAACGCGAAUCGUGAGAGAGUUCUACAGAAGAAAAACAAAACCCUCCUUCUUGAGAGAGAAAGAAGAAAGAUGGCUCCGAAUCUUGAAUGUCGCAUGUACGAAGCGAAGUACCCGGAGGUGGACAUGGCGGUGAUGAUACAGGUGAAGAACAUAGCGGACAUGGGGGCCUACGUGUCGCUGCUGGAGUACAACAACAUCGAGGGAAUGAUCUUGUUCUCCGAGCUCUCCCGCCGUCGGAUUCGGAGCGUGAGCAGCCUCAUCAAGGUUGGACGAAUCGAGCCGGUGAUGGUGCUCCGUGUCGACAAGGAAAAGGGUUACAUCGAUCUCAGCAAGCGCAGGGUCUCCGAAGAAGACAUCCAGGCCUGCGAGGAGAGGUACAACAAGAGCAAGCUCGUCCACUCCAUCAUGCGCCACGUCGCCGAAACCCUCAACAUCGAUUUGGAGGAACUUUAUAUUCACAUUGGAUGGCCUUUGUAUCGCAAAUAUGGUCAUGCUUUUGAGGCUUUCAAAAUAAUUGUGACUGAUCCUGAUACUGUUUUAAGUACUCUCACUCGUGAAGUUAAGGAAGUUGGCCCUGACGGGCAAGAGGUGACUAAGGUGGUGCCAGCUGUAUCAGAAGAAGUGAAGGAUUCUCUUGUGAAGAAUAUUAGAAGACGAAUGACCCCCCAACCCUUGAAAAUUAGGGCAGAUAUUGAAAUGAAAUGUUUUCAAUUUGAUGGAGUUCUUCACAUUAAGGAGGCAAUGCAUAAGGCUGAAGCUGCAGGAAAUGAUGACUGCCCCGUCAAAAUUAAACUUGUUGCUCCCCCACUUUAUGUUCUUACCACCCAGACACUGGACAAGGAGCAAGGAAUAUUGGUUCUCAACAAUGCCAUAGCUUCUUGCACUGAAGCAAUAGAACAACACAAGGGUAAACUUGUGGUUAAGGAGGCAGCUAGAGCAGUGAGUGAACGUGAUGAUAAAUUGCUUGCUGAGCACAUGGCUAAGCUACGCCAAGAUAAUGAAGAGGUCAGUGGUGAUGAAGACAGUGAGGAGGAAGAAGAUACAGGAAUGGGCGAGGUUGAUGUGGAUAAUGGUGCCGGGAUAACGGACUGACAAAAAACUUGUAGGUAUAGUAAGGCAUAGAUAGCAGAGUACGGCUUUACUAAUUUUGUCUUUUUUAUUAUUAUUCUUUACAAAACUGUCUUUAAAUGCGGUUGUAUAAUACAAGCUUGAAUUACUUUAUGUUGAGAUGUCUUGUAUUUUAUUUUUUGAUGUCAAGUGAUGUCUUGUAACUUGCGAAGCGAUUUUGGAGUUUCUUGACGAGGGUGUUCAACCCAAACUAAUGAGAUUUACAGUUACUUCAAAUUUA